AUGUUCAACACCUCGAUUCAGAUACGUAUUCUCAAGCAGGUAGUCGCUGCAGAGCGUCAGCGUCAAGCCGACGCCGCUGCGCUUCUCGACUCGAUCAGCCACAACGUUCAAGGAUCGCACUCGAUCCCCAUAGAGUCUUCGGCGUAUGCACGCGCGAUCUCACCCGCUCCGUCCAACCACCUCCUGCUCACAAUAGAGCCUGAUACCACUGAAGGUCACGAUGACUCGUGGCACAUCCUCGCACAGCUCCAGGCAGUCACCGCAUGCCAGAAUGAGCGCGACAUAGUUUACGACACCGCCGACCUACGCCAGCUCAUGCGCACCGCGCUGCAGGCGAACAACGACGGGGAGAUGAUUCUUGUCCUCCAGGUUGGCCGUGACGAAAUGCCUGAAGCUAUCAAGAUGCUUCAGCGCGCUCUUGAGAAGGAAGUCGAACGCGAGAGUCUGGAGGAGGAGGCUGUUCUGGUGUCCGCGAACGUCGCGGCCGUCGAGUCCGCGACGGUGCACAGCACGGAAAGCAGCGGCACGACGUCAGGCUCAGUCGCGAGCUCUGCCGGAAGGUCUUCCCGCGCGCCGCGCGACACACUUGACCGGGAGUUUAUCGAGACUGGGAUUGACGCGCUCCGGCGGCUGAGCAGAGCGGAGGUGACGCUGCUGAGCUGGACGAUUACCAGGUACGAGGUCAAGCGGAAUGAGAAGAUAGGCAUGGGCUUCUUCUCCGACGUGUACAAAGGCACGUGGAGGAACCAUGUUGUGGCGAUCAAGGUGCUCGCGCCGACGACGCCGAGGCAGCUCUUCGUGCAUCAGGUGUCGAUCUGGAAGACGCUGCAGCACCUGAACGUUUGCGAACUUCUUGGCGCGUCCUCGGCAUCCAGCGACCCUCCUUGGUUCUUUGUUAGCCCCUACUACAAGAAUGGCAGUCUCGUGACCUACUUGAAAGGGCUACCGUCGUUGGACAAUGUCGACUUACUCAAGAUGGUUCACGAAAUCGCAAAAGGAAUGUCAUACCUCCACAGUCAAGGCGUGUUGCACGGAGACCUCAAGGCCCCGAACGUGCUCGUCAACGACAAGCACCACUGCAUCAUCUCUGACUUUGGGCAGAGCGAGAUGAAAUCGGAGGCGUACCGUGUUAGCGGGCGGCCCCUUCCCCACGGCACUCUACGCUGGCAGGCUCCGGAGCUUAUGUCAGCCCAAAGCGGGCUCACGCAGGAGAUCGACGUUGUGCAGAUUGGUCACGACUUUGUAGGCGAGAACAUGCGCCCAGAGCUGCCGCUGCAGCGCGUCUGGUCUCAGCAGCUUUCGGAGAUUCUCCACUCAUGCUGGCAUUGUGACUCCACUAUGCGUCCGCCGUUCUUCAAGAUUGACAAAGACGUUCAGCGGCUGAAGGAGUCGCCCGCGUCGCGUCAUUUGGGGCUCGAACAGAUGAAGACGCGCAAGUCGCCGGAUAUGCAUCCCAUACCGCUCUCUCUACUUCCUGAUGAAGUCACUGCCUCUUUUGUCGAGGUGGGAUCAGCCCCUUCGACGGACGUGUCGUUCAUGACCGCCAUAGAACUUGAAUCUGUGACGGGGCACUCUCACGACUACCACGAUGACCAUCGCGAUCACAAGGGUCCGGACACAGACCUGAGCCGAACAAGCAGUCGCGCGUCCCUCCAAGACAGUCAAUCGUCAGAGCACAUAGAAUUCCCGCGACACGUCUCUCCUCCCCCGGACGAGCGUGCUCAAAAUAUCCGCGAUGAGCGUUGGUACAGGAUGCUCCUUCAAUACGAAUUCCACCCAUCGCUAACACUUCCGCUGUGGAUGCCGUCGCAGGUGCUUAUCGGGGCGGUCGGGUACCACAGCAAGGCGAAUUACGGCGAAUUCGUGACAUUGUUUAGUUCGUUUGAGCCGGAAAAGUCGUCGAACGGUCGAGUGAAGAACAUACCAUCUUUGUAUGGUUACGGGCGCGUGAGCCAAGGCAGCCAGCGUCAGGAUAAGCGCAAUGUUGCCCAGCGGGGCAUGGACUUGAUCCAGUCAUGGCUGGGUCCAAGAAAUCGUGCUGGAGAGGCGACCUAUUCCCGCCGGUACUCUUCCCCCUUGCGCUCUGGACAUAAGGCUGCAAAUCUUUUCACCGAGUCCAUGGUGUAUAGGUACAUGGAGGACCCUGUUACAUCCAAGAAGUGGUUCAAGGCACGGACAACGUCCUGGUGA